CGCACCCCUAUGCCUCGUUCCGACCACCGUACGGCUUCAACGCUGUACCUAAUGUCUCGGUAGUUCCCCCCACCAGUCGAUUUCAUUUUCCAGACCCCAGUCAAUACGUUGAAGGAGGGAGUGUUACCCCCAGAUACAUCUAUAGCCCGGUACCACCGUUAAGUCAUCCACCUUCGCCAAAUACUGCCGUACCACACCACAUGCCAAAUCAUCCAGCAUCACCAAAUAAUGGGAUGGCGCAUCAUCACACCACCCACACAAUGUCACCGAAUACAACGAUUCCGCAACACUAUCAAAACCACGCUGCCUCGUCGCCGAGUGCGCACGGCCCACAACUCCAUCUAAAUCGGCCACCAGAGAAAACCUACAGUCCUCACGGUAGCCCCGAGAGCCCGCACUGUGGCAGUAGCGUGUACCUCUCGCCGCCUGCCUACACAACGGACGAGGAGUACACCGCGCAAGCGGUUUCCCCACAAGCUCAGUUGAGCGGAGUACGGCAGUGCAGCCCCAGAUUUGAAGUAGAGAACGUGAAGAAGACGUACACGAAUCUUACCAGCCCGCAUGUCGAAGGGAACGGGAUGCAUUCGGAGGAAAAAGCGCACUAUAAUAGCUACCCGUCCGCUACGACAUCCCCACACUUGGCCGAGAAAUACAACGCAUUUCCAGCCAGCUCCAGUCAGCAGUGGCAGCGCGCGCAAGACGCCAUCGCCACAAGGGAAUCGCAUGGAAGGCCUUCGACCGUGAUCGCGUGCCAAAGCGCACAGCGUCCGACAAUUCCUCACGCAAACUCAAAUCUUCCCACUGGUCAACGCGGAGAAAUGGGUGCGUUCGAGCACCUUAGAGAUCUGCUUUAUGACGACUUAAAUCGCGAUGAGUUUGACGUGUACUUGAAGAAGGAAACAUAAUGUUUACAAAGUACUUGAAGCAUGUCAACAGCUACUUGAAACAGAUAAGUGUAAAAAAGCGUUUAUGCUACGAUAGGUCUGAGGGCUUUUUAGACCGUGAUAAUCACGGCCGCCUGUGUGGAAGGCUCACUGUAUAAAAUUGAGAGCGCUUAGAACCUUCAUACACGACAAAUUUGCUCAAUAGAACGCUAGCCGUGAUAUUUUGUAAAGCAUAAUUAUUCAGAAGGCAGGAAAGCGAAUCUCCCGUGUGGACAUUUAGUUGCGACGCGCAUAGUUUACUCCUUCGCCGAGUCUGAGAUUUUGUCGUGGGACGUGGGAGAAAGGCGUGCGUCGUGGAGUCGUGGACCGAAAAAAAAUUAUAAAAGUCUGGCAGUCUCGAUGAACUUAAUGUCUUACAAAUUGAGUUCAUACGGCUAUACAUUAAGAUAUGGUUCUCUCAGCAAUUAAUGCGAGCUAAAAUGACAACAACGGUGGCCAGUCUAGAAUCCAGCUGCAAUGCUACGAUUUUAGUCACCGAUUUAUAGUGUCAGGUGUAGUAACAAAGCUAGUGAAAAGAACUGAAAAAAUGAGAGAAUAAGGUGCCCGAUCAUUCUACUGAAUGAUUUCUUUUGUGACAAGUAAUUAAAUCUUCUCAUCUCGUAUCGCUAAAUCAGUGGGAAAAAAUUCUUACGGUACUUCUAGCUAACUAGACGUAGUUUUUUAACCCCCUCACGUCCCGUGCAACACGACUCAACACUCGCUAUAACCCUUUCUUCCCUUCUCGUGGGGCAAUGCCAGCUGAGAUGUUGUGCUGACAUGCAGGAAUGUCACGAGCGGAAAUUCCCUUGCAUGGGAUAUGUGCCAAAAUCGGUCACAUACCAAAAUGGUUGCGGCGUUAAGCGAGCCUUGAUGACAGUUGUCUGGCCUAGAAAUUAGAUUAUAACAUGAGAAUGUAGCACUCAUGACCUGUGAUAGGAAUCAUCACCAUUAACAAUUCUGUCAACUGUAGUACACUUCAUACGACAUGUACUGGUGAUUGCGUGCACUCGCUAAAACCAAAUAAAAUUCCUCGAAUGUCUACACCGCAUGCGUCACUGCAAGCCUCUGGGUUGUUUGAUUAAAAAGCAUGUUGUUUUGCUUGAUUUGCGCAAUUUGCGCAAACCCGUGCAUGUUAUUUAAAUUGCGCAUAUUAUUCAAAUUUGCGCAAAUCAAUAUAAUUAGCCGCGCAUUAGACGCGCAAAUAAUUUGUUGUCUUAUCUGCCUAAAGGAUCUGACAGACUCUUCACAUUAUGAUGGAUAAUAAACUUAUCGCAUGUCUUCGCCGAUUGACAUAAGUCAACGGUAACUUUGAACUAACGCGACUUUGAAGUUCAGAGCGUUCGCUUUCGCAUGAGAAAGCAAUGCCUUGAAAUUUUGGACCAUUUAGAAGCUUAUAAAUGGUCAAUACCAGCGUGAUCUCAGUGUUUCUUUUUUGCCAUUUCUAUGUAAAUAAAAUAUUGUAAA